CUAGCCUACUUUUAAUACAAGGCAGAUUCGGGGAGUUGAAGCCCUGCUGCGUUCAGAGGAGAGUCGAGCUUGGAAGCCUUCUUUGCCAAAUGCCGCUUAACACUUGGAGAUAAAUACACUCUCAGUCUGAUCGAGCGGGCUGGUAUGGCUGAUAUCCACGUAGCUGUGCCACCUGUUCGGGUGGAGGAGCUGCAGUUCCAUCAGACUCUCUCCUCCUCCGCCUCCUUGUUCUCCUGUCCGUCCUCGCCCUCUUCCACCUCCUGUGCCUCCUCCGGCCCUCCCUCAUCAUCAUCUUCCUCCUGCUCCUCCUCGCCAGGAUGCUCCCCCCACCACCUUCACCACCACCCCCUGGCCUCCAGCCUGUCUAGCCUGGGCCCAAGCAGCGAGAGCGGGUGUAGUUCGGACGCGAUCUCCCUGGAGACGGGGCCCGUGCCGGAUCUCAUCAUCGACCCUACGGUGGCCCAGAGGGCGUGCCAGGAGGUGCUGGAGAAACUGAGAGGUGUGGGCACGCCCGGCCGGGGAGAGGGGGACCACCGACACAGCCCUCUCCCCACCUCCCCCUGUGGCACAGAAAAUGGGUCGGUCCACCUUGAGGUGGUGGACAGAGGGACAAUUCAAGAGGAGGACGAAGCAGGGGUGGUGGAAGCGUGGGACGAGAAAGAAGAGGCGCCAGCGGAAGAGACAGGUGGCGAAUCCUCCGAUUCUCCAUCAGCGAUGAGCGAAAGCGAGAGUGUGUCAUCGCUGUCGUCAUCGUUACCACCGUCACCACUACCACCAGUGUCAUCAUCAUCAUCAUCCUCAUUAUCUACCUCCUCCUCCUCCUCUUCCUCUUCCUCCUCCACAUCGAAGCAAUCCUGGCUGCUGCGUCUGUUCGAGUCCAAGCUCUUCGACGUCUCCAUGGCCAUCGCGUACCUCUACAAGUCCAAGGAGCCCGGCGUGCAGGCCUACAUCGGCAACCGCCUCUUCAGCUUCCCCGAGGCGGAGGUGGACUUCCACCUGCCGCAGCUGCUCAGCAUGUACGUGCACAUGGACGAGGAGCUGGCCGAGGCCAUCCGGCCGUACCUGCAGCGCCGCUGCGCGCAGAGCGUGGCCUUCGCGCUGGAGUGCGCCUGGCUGCUGGGCGCCUACUCGUCCGACAUGCACAUCUCGCGGCAGCACCACUCGCGCGGCAACAAGCUCCGCAAGCACAUCCUCUCCAGCCUGCUGCAGCAGUCGGCGACCGGCGGCGACGGCAACGGCAACGGUAACGGCAACGGCGGGGGCGACGGGGUGGACUCGGCCCCCGGGAGCCCGUCGGAGAGGUACCUGUCGCCGGUCAGGGCUCACCGGCACCAGAGGUCCAAGUCGGACGCGGCCGGGCCCGUCGGGGUCAGGGGCGGGAUGAAGAGGAGCGGCAGUAAUCCCAAAGUGGACGGCAGCCUGGAGGAGCCGGUCCGCCUGACCCCCCAGAGGGAGUUCAUCAAGUCGCUGAUGGUGAUCGGGAAGCGGCUGGCCACGCUGCCCACCAAGGAGCAGAAGACGCAGCGGCUCAUCUCGGAGCUGCUGCUGCUCAACCACAAGCUGCCGGCGCGCAUCUGGCUGCCCACCGCCGACUUCCACCACCACGUGGUGCGCAUCCCACACACCCAGGCCGUCGUGCUCAACUCCAAAGACAAGGCUCCAUAUCUCAUAAAUGUGGAGGUGCUCGAGUGCGAGAGCUUCGAGACCUCGUCGAUUCCCGUCCGUAUCCCGGAGACGCGGGUUCGCAGCACGUGCUCCACGGAGAACCUCCCCGACUGCGGCGUGGCGGCCGAGGGGCGGCCGGGCGUAGGGAUCGUUACCACGGUGUCCAACUACGACAACGACGACGAGGCGUGGGCUGUGGAUGACAUCGGGCAACUACAAGUGGAACUCCCAGAAGUCCACACCAGCAGCUGUGACAACCUGUCCCAGUUCUCCGUGGACAGCAUCACCAGCACGGAGAGCAAGGAGCCGGUCUUCAUCGCCGCCGGAGACAUCCGGCGACGACUGUCUGAGAACCUCGCACACACCCCCACAACGUUCCGGCGGGAUCCGGAAGACCCGUCAGCUGUGGCCCUGAAGGAACCCUGGGAGGAGAAAGUGAGGCGGAUUAGGGAGGGGUCCCCAUACGGAGGUCUGCCCAACUGGAGACUGCUGUCGGUCAUCGUGAAGUGUGGAGAUGACCUGAGGCAGGAGCUUCUGGCCUACCAGGUGCUCAGCCAACUGCAGAGCAUCUGGGAGCAGGAGCGCGUGCCCCUGUGGAUCAAGCCCUACAAGAUCCUGGUGGUGUCGUGCGACAGCGGCAUGAUCGAGCCGGUGCUGAACGCCGUGUCGCUGCACCAGGUGCGCAAGCAGAGCCAGCUCAGCCUGCUGGACUACUUCCUGCAGGAGCACGGCGGCCCCACCACCGAGGGCUUCCUGACCGCGCAGCGGAACUUUGUGCGCAGCUGCGCCGGCUACAGCAUCAUUUGCUACCUGCUCCAGGUGAAAGACAGACACAAUGGGAACAUUCUCCUGGAUUCGGAGGGCCACAUCAUUCACAUCGACUUCGGCUUCAUCCUGUCCAGCUCGCCGCGCAACCUGGGCUUCGAGACGUCUGCGUUCAAGCUCACCAGCGAUUUUGUUGACGUGAUGGGGGGACUGGACGGAGACAUGUUCAACUACUACAAGAUGCUGAUGCUGCAGGGUUUGAUCGCCGCACGCAAACACAUGGAGAAGGUGGUGCAGAUUGUGGAGAUCAUGCAGCAAGGUUCCCAGCUGCCGUGCUUCCACGGGUCCAGCACGGUGCGUCAGCUGAAGGAGCGUUUCCACAUGAGCCUGACGGAGGAGCAGCUCCAGGUGCUGGUGGACCAGAUGGUGGACGCGUCCAUGCGCUCCAUCACCACCAAGCUCUACGACAACUUUCAGUACUUCACCAAUGGCAUCAUGUGAACAGACACACACACAGAGACAUACACACACACAGGUACACACACAAAUUAGCUGAUUAUACACACAGACUCACCAGCAUGUCCGCAUGGUCAUGAAUUAAGCAGUGCUGUACAGCUGAUUUGAGCGGUUUACGCAACAGCAGAACACGCAUUACAUUACUGAUUAUACACACACACACACACACACACACACACCAGCAGGUCCACACGGUCAUAAACAAAACUGUACUGUACAGAGGAAUUUAACGGUUUAAGGAAACACACACACACACACACACACACAAGCACACACACAUAAGCAAGCUAGCAAGCCGGUCUCCACACUCAUAAAGAAAGCUGUACUGCACAGCAGGCCUACAUGAUUUACCCAGCAGCUCCAUAUCAACUCAAACACUCACACAUACCUUUUAGUGCCUGUGGAGCCAUGGUCAUUUCGUGUUAUAGGCCUACAUGGUACCCUUUACCGUGUCCAACUGUAAGCGAAUGACUAGCUAACACGAUGAGGGAAAUGCAUGAACUUUUCGUCUACGAAAUGUCCAACAUCCUGUGAGAGACUGGGAGUUACCGUCCAGUGGACACGGGCAGUUUUCAUCUCUGCUCACUGCUUAAUGUGAAUAUAUACACACACACACACACACACACACACACACACACACACACACACACACACACACACACACACACACACACACACACACACACACACACACACACACACACACACACACACACACACACACACACACAUGACUGUUUCAUAUACACAUGAAACACACACGAUCGCAGACAUAAUACUGUUAUUCUCGACCAAGAGCAUCGUUGGCUCAUUAUUCCAUCAUUCCAUCAUUCCAGACCCACGUGCUGUAUAGAAAGACUUUGUCUCCCUGUCUUUGUCCCUCUUCAAGGGACAAAAGACAACAGCACACACUAACACAUAUACAGAGACAAGACUGUUCUUCUAUAUAAAAAAAAAAGACAGAAAAAGAGAGGCAAAGGCAUCGUUCCAGAAACUGAGUGACCGCGUAAUGGUACGAUCCCUGUGAGCUUCUCUGAACCACCAUCAUCAUCAUCAUACGAUCAUCACAGCUGCGUCUGUGACAGCCGGAGACACGUAAACGUAUGAUUCCGGACAUCAGCAGGCACCGGAGUGCAAUCUCAUCGCAACUUAAGACUGAUCCGAAACGUUCUGCACUCGAGUACUCGAGCCCUUGGCGUCAGGGCGCGCAACGGAAAAAAAAGGAACUGCACAAACACAAAGGACUGACUCAUGUCACAGACUGACGCGCAUGCUAUUGUGUGCUUUCUCAGUCUGUGCAUUGUUGUACAUUUAGCAAAAUUCUGAUUGUAGCAGAAAGCCUGCCUUACAUUAACGGUUCUUACAAUUGGAGAUUUUGCUCUACUUCUCUACUUUAUGUUCUUAUGAUGACCUGUCCUAGUUGGGACCAUUUUAUAAUUCAUGCUAUGUAGUGUUUUCAUUGUAGUUGUUUUUGCCCUCUGACGUAUUUUUAACUCGCCUUAUAUUUAUUUAGCCUUGUUUUUUGUUGUUGUUUAUCGGACAACCUGUGAGAAAUUCACAGCAUGCACAUGUGAUUGGUGAGCCCAACAUUUCUUAAUGCUUCACAGCAGAGCUUGUAGAGACACUAGUAUGGCAUGGAGCAACGCCUCGAGAUCCGAAAACACUAAAAAGAGAGACUCCAGUCGCUCCUCCUACUGCUUUAGCUGAGCACAAGACCUGUGGUGUCAUAGUGACGCUGAAUGAUCUGCCCCAAAUGAGCAAGCGUGGCUUUGAGAACUGUCAGUGUGCCGUUCACUAAAUAUCUGUUUGUAUAGUGUCUUCUAAAAGGGUAGCAUCGCAUAAUGGACCAAGUUCCAGAGUCCGACACGUCCUAGAACACAGUGUUGUGGAGCUGUCAGAGAGGUAUGCUGCAAAGCAAGGUUACUGACGUACCCACAUAGCUUCAGGAGUAACAGUUGAUCUCCAAACAACACACCAAUUUAAAAACAAUAGCUGCUUAGUGCAGUGGGGGGUUUUGUUAGAGAUACACGGUUACUCCCAAAGUUGCCCGGGUUACGCAGUUACCUUUGUGACAUGUGCUUUGUAGUACGGCCCUCUGGAUUGGCUAGGUAAAGGGCGGAGGGUUUGAGAGAUCCAGGAGUGAGGAGAAAGUGUGCAUGCAGUGGCAUAUACAACAGUGUAUGUGAGUGCGUUUGGGACCGUCUAAAGCAAGACUUGAAUUUUUUUAUUUGUUUUGACAGUUCAGCUCAAGGGGGGGGGAAAGCACUUCAAAAUGUGAACUGGAAGGUUAUUCUGUGGUCCAAGACCAGUUUAUUUGUGAGUGUGUAUGUGUGUGUGCUUUAAGUUGACUGUACUGUUUUGUGGCAAACGUACAUGUUUUGCGGGGAAAGUACACACCUUUCUUUGUUCUGAUCAGUGCAAGGUUUACACCCUAAUAAUUGUUUUCUUCUGCCACAUCAUAUGAAGGCACCUUUUGGUGAUGGCUGAACCUAGUUUACUUUUUCCACUUACUGCAUGUAUGAGUUUUGUUGAACUGUUUUUUUUUUUUUUUUUUUUUUAAAGCUUGUUUACAAAUGGGAAUGAAUGAAUACUUUAUCUAUGAAACUUAAAACCCUGUUAGCCUGCUGUUUAUGGCAACAGCAUUAUUUUGGAAUACACACAAAAAAAAUGCAGGAAAAACAUUAGACCAACACUAUAAAGUACCAUAGACUGUAUAGUCUAUGUAAAGUACAGUAUCUAGCAUGGCUUGAGCAUAACUAUGUGUAGCUCUUUAAGGCUUGAGCAUCCUAGCUUUCGUAUGAUAAGUGUACGUUCCUGAAGGAUGUAAAUCACAUCGAUAAAACCUAAUGAGGGAGACCUGAUUCAGAACCAGGCUGAAUUCCAUUUAGUUGAAAGGAGGCAUAAAGCACACUGGGGUGUGAUUGCCAUUUCUCAUCUCACUGGCCUGGUGUAAGCUGCUUGGCCAUUACUGACUGUCCUUCAAGUACAUCUUCAAAUCAAUUGCGGGAAGGGGUACUGUGUGGUGACACUUGUGAUGGCUUUGCUGGAUACACUGGAGAGUGGAAAGUAAGUUUAUGUGUUGCUUGAUAUUUUGAAGGUAACUAAAUGAAGUGUAAGCCCCGUAAAAAAAAAAAUCAUUUCUGUGAUGAACUUUUUAAAAUUAGUUUUUUCAUUACUAAUAAUUUAAACAUACCUCUUUAAUAUUACACUUUUUUUUAUUAAACAUUUGUUUAUAAAAUAUCUAAUGUCUCACACCAGUGCUUUUUUUUUUUUUUUUUUUUUUUUUUUUUAAAUCACUACACAUCAUAUUCCUUUUCUCCCAGCUUUAUAUUGUGGCAAUUCUAAGCUGAAGGUCUUGGUCUGCAAUUGUUUUAUGCAGCAUCUCGAUCAUAUCUUUCCUUUGUUGUAUCGUGUCCAUCUCCGUAUGAAGGUUUACAAUCAUCUGACACAAUCAUAUGACUUACUGAAGGUAUUUUAAAAGAAAUUAAAAGAAACUUCAAAUAA